CUACAUUGCUGGUGUGUUUCAGUGACAGUAAACCCAUCCGCAUUCGGACGUACGCUUAGGACGCCGCGUGAUAUUCUGAGGCAGAUCGCUGUUGGUAGCAGGUUAUCUGAGGCCUCGCUCUUAUUCCGUCGCGUCGCUUUCACAUUGCUAAGUGGCGUGGCAAAGAUUUCGCGUAAAACAGAGAAACAUACACCGGCGAGAAAGGAAGCGCCUCGCAACGCUACGAAACCGGACCGGCGUCUAUUACGUCGAUUACGUUCACUCGAGGACGAUUUUCUGGUCUUCGAAUCAGCAGUCUCUUUUCUGCCUUCCUUCGAACCGCUACGCUUCAGCAGGAGUACUUAUCAGGAGUACAACGAAAUGUCCGGAGGAGACGAGGUGUCGGCGUUGGUGCUGGAUCUAGGCUCACACACAUGCAAGGCCGGAUACGCAGGGGAGGACGCUCCCAAAGCCGUCUUCCCCUCGGUGUUUGGAGUGGUAGAGGUGGACGCAAAAGGUGCUGAUGGGGAUGGCGGAAAGGGUGAAGGAGCAGCAGACGAGGGGCCAGAGGCAAAGCGAGUGAAGCUGGAAGGUGGCUCGGGUGCUGCUGCUGUUGCUGCAGGAGCAGCAGGGGCGUCGGCGAAUGGGAGCACGCCAGGUGGCAAAAGGAAGCUUUUUGUGGGGAGCAAUGCCCUUGGAUAUAGACGGGACUUCAUGGAGGUGGUGCCUUCAGUAUCCAACGGUCUCCUUUCCGACUGGGAGGGAGUUGCGGCGAUUUGGGAGCAUGCACUUAAGGAUCGGCUACUAGUUGACCCCAAGGAGCAUGCGGUGCUGCUGGCAGAGCCGUCGUUCAACCCGCCAGCAGCGCGGGAGAAAACAGUGCAGCUCAUGUUCGAGACCCUUGGCCCCCCGGCAGUCUUCCUCGCUCGCAACGCUGUCCUCACGUCCUUCUCGUGUGGGAAAGCGACGUCCCUUGUAGUUGACAGUGGCUUUGCAUCAACCACAGUGGCAGCUGUGCAUGACGGAUAUGUGCUGCAAAAGUCGCUUCGACGCUCUCCUGUGGCAGGAGAUGCAAUCACAGAAUUUCUUCUGCGAUCUGUGGGCAGGCAAAAGGUUCGCCCGCGCUACUCGUUCAAGCGAGUGUUGACCCAACCAGGCCAAUUUGAGCUAGUGGAUCAAGACUUCCCCAACACCACAGACAGCUACCGCCUGUACAUGCAGAAGGCCACAGCAGCAGACAUGAAGGAGACCGUGUGCCGCGUGCCCGAUGCUCCAUAUGAUGACCUUUCCUUUGCCAAUGUGCCCACGGUCGCGUAUGAGCUUCCAGACGGGCAAGUGUUGGAGGUGGGAGCCGAUCGCUUCAAAGUGGCCGAUGCUCUCUUCAACCCCACCCUGCUCUCUUCAAUCACUUCAGACGACUCCUCUAAUGGCGGAUGGACAGCAGAUGCCAUUGCCGAAGCAGCCAAGUCGCCAGGGAUAGCGAGAAUGGUGGUUGACAGCAUCAGCAAGUGUGAUGUGGAUAUUCGUAAGGAUCUCUACAGCUCUGUGCUGCUGUCAGGAGGCACCAUGGCAAUGCAGCAAAUCAAAGAGCGCUUGGAAAAGGAGCUCAUGGCGGAGGCCCCCCAAGCAGCAAAAGUGAAGGUUUUGGCCAGCGGGAAUGUCGUGGAAAGGAAGUUCAGUGUAUGGAUUGGAGGCAGCAUUCUCGCUUCCUUGGGUUCAUUUCAACAAAUGUGGCUCUCCAAAGCAGAGUAUGAGGAGCAUGGAGCAGCAUAUGUCCAUCGCAAAUGCCCGUAGUAUAUGUCAAGUCAUUGUUUCAUAAGGCUCCACAUAGUCUUGAUUGGGUUUCUAGUCUUCUAGAAUCUACUCUUAUGUACGUCUACUAAAGAAGCAAAGACUUUCUAUUGUCUGAGGUGGUUUCGCAACUGUAGCGAGCCCCCAGACUUGGGGUCAGUCCUGG